CAUCUUGUUGUACAUUUGUUAUCAUCAAAAAGUAUUACUAUUAUUAUUAUGGCUCCUAAUGUGGUCGUGCAUCCUAAACAACCAUACUUUGGUGUUCCGCUGUUUUUGCUGUUUAGCAGUGUGGUUGGUGGACUGGUCCAAUUGUUUGGGCCCAAUAAGGAAGAAACUGAUGCAAGAGCAAAGCAGAUGGCGCUCUUCAUGAAACAGACCAUCUCCCAGGCUUUCUCUCAGACUCUGGAUCUUGGGGCAGGAGGUUUUGCCAGUGGUCUGAACGUGCUCUUACAACAUGCCACGCUCUUCCUGCAGGCUGCUGGAAUCCAAGUUGGCCUUCCUGUCAACAACGUGACGCCAGAAGGAGUCAUCUCCGUCGCGCAGUGGGUUCUUGUACUUCUCAUUUGCUAUGGGAUGAUAACCAUUGCCUUUCUAUUGGUCACCUUCCUUCUGAGGUGGUUGUGGCGGCUACUGAAAGUGGGAGUGGCUUUGGCCUGUUUUGGACUAAUCCUGAAUGACCACAGUGUUGGCAAAGAAACCGUGGCAAUUAGACUGGUGUGCUUAGGGUGCGUCUGCAUCAUAUUGAGCAUCAGACCACGGAAGGACUGGACCAUGGCUGCUAGAAAUGUUAAUCCAGAACAGCAGGUGAAGCUCUUGGAAAAUCGAGUGAGAGAGAUGGAGAAAUGGAGAAAAAGAUGUGUUAUUUUGUCUUGUUGUCUGAUAGGUCUUUUGUGCUUUGUGGUCUUUGUAGUCUUUAGAGUUUAUACUGUCAUAUCUAAUUCAAAAGCAUUGUAAGUACUAUUCUCUAUGUAGGCAUAGUGGACCUUCAUGGAUGAAAAGUGAAUGAAUUUCUUACAGUCAGUAGUGUGGGGAUCAAAAGAUAAAGAAAUACUUGUUCUUCUUUCUUUAGCUUCUAUUCUGUUGGUUGAUUUUGGGUCAUCAUUUGACUGAGAUAAUAAUAUAGAGAAGGAGAUUCACAAUUUUUCAAGUCUGUCUUAAAACAAUAGUCCGGUACCCAUAUGAACAGUGACAAAGGUUUUGGAUUUACUGGCCAUAAAGAGAUCCCUUCCUUUAGAAUUUCCAAUGCAAGUGAUUGGGGAAAAAUCCACACUCCAAAGUUUAUCUGAAGUUCUGACAUAUCUGAAGUUAAUUUAACCUUUUAGCAGUCUUGAGUUAGACAAGUCGAGUAGGUAUCUUCCAAAGUUAUAGUCUUUUCAGCACAAAAUUCCCUCUUUGUGUCACUGUCUCACCACUGCAGCUAACCAAGCAAACACUGAAAAGGGAAUUCUAUACUAAAAAGACUAUGGUAUGGCUUCUGGUAUGGCGAUGAGCUGAGCUAACACGAGGAAAGCAGCUCCCUAGUUAACGAAUUUAAAGUGCAUAUUUCACUUCUGAUAACAUACAUUUUUCGCUUUAAAAAUAUUGCCUCUUUAAAAUGUCUGGAAAGGGCAAGACUAACAAUUCAAAGAACAUUCUGGCCAUGGCAAAAACUAGCGAUGGUGGCCACUGGAGAAAUGUUAACCAUCUCUUCGUACCAACUGAGCAGUAAAAAAUCAUGUAUAGUGUUGGCUAAAGUGACUAAAAUGACUGUGGCCCACAGAGCUGGACUUGAAUGCUGUAAGAAAGAAAGUUUAAGCCUAUGCCAUUGGUUAUACAGGAAACUUUGGAAACUCUGUCAUUUCACAGUGACACAGUGAAGAAGAAGAUAAUGAUUUUUUGAAAGCCAACGCCGAUGACUUGAUGAGAAAAUCACUCACACAGCAACAGAGCGCUGGUGGAAAAUUUUGGGAGACUACUGUGGGUGGACAGGGCAUAUUGAACCCUGCAACGUCAGAGGCCAGUUCUCUUAUGCUUUGUGAAAUAUCAAGACAAGUUUGGUCAUGGAAUUAUCCAGGAAACGAGGCCAGCUCAUGUGGCGAGCUAACAAGAGCUUUAUCUUCACUGAUUUGAGCAACCAACUCGCAAAAGAAGCACGCCAUAUGAAAGGCAAUUAAAUCUCCAAACUCCAUAAGACGAACAUUGAGUUUACACUUCGCUACCCAGCCAAACUUUGAGUCUGCUUUUAGGACAACAAGGGCAAAUUCAGCUCGGCAGCUGAACCCGAAGCUUUCUUCCUUCAGCACAUAAAGUGAACUGACUGUCUACAGUUGCUGUGAAUAUGCAAAACAUCUUAUGCUGGGGGAAAGAGCUUAAUACCCCAUCUGAUUUCAUUUUCUAUUCACUAGCUACGUUAUAAUUUUGUUCAAAACGUUCCGUGGCUGGAGAGCGUUCUGCUGUACAAGAGCAGGUUUUAGAGACAAAUGGUAAAAUGUGUAUUUUCAUUGCCUUGUACACAUUUUAAAUUUUGAAUA